GCUUAUCAAGCUUUUCUAAACAAUCAGUUGUCGAAGAACCAGAUGUAAGGAUCAACACAAGCGGAUUGUUUACCGGUCUCAAUGAUGAAGAAUAUAAUCAAUUGCUAAGCGAAGGGUACUCAAAUGAUAAGAGGGGUUUAGGAAGCGUUUGGGAUUAAAUGCUUGUUGUAACGGACAAUAUAAUGAAACUCCGCCCCAAUGAAGAGGCAAAGUGAUACAUAUUUGGUGGCUCUCAGAGCUAUGGAACAGGCAG